GCCGUUUUGGUUCUAAUCGACUUAUUGAUUUGACCAUUUUAUUAGUGAUUAUAUCACACAAGUACCGCUUUAGCGUGUGAAUUAUGCGUUGCUGGUCCUGCCUGCUUUUUGUCAAGGUCUGUUGAUGUCGCUUUGUGUCGAGUCUCCUUGGUACCUUGUAUCCGUUCACAAGAUUCAAGAAACCAUGUAUAGUUUGCAACACUUGCGUUCUGGUGCUGAUGUUAUGUUGGAACUGUACAAUGAUGUUGAAAGCAAACAACCUGUUCAAAUCAAGGAUUAUGAUAUGAGUAAAGAUGACAACCUUCGAGUCUCGACGCUUCCAUAUCAUGAUGCUCCUAUGAGCAUGACAGAUAUACUACAAGACCCUUUACAAUUGAUUGGUAUUCAUGCCGUCAUGUACUAUUCAACAGACAUGUUUACUGUUGUGUUUGACUCUACCAUGGCCAAGUACAUGUCAAUUGUUACCUUUGUGAUCAACUUUGUGGAUGUUUUUCCUGAUGUUUUCUUGAUGGAUCGUAUGGGUCGUCGUAUGUUGUUGUUAGUGUCUGCUACGGGGUCUACCUUAUAUGGUCUUGUUGGAUGUAGUCCUAUUCCCUGGAUACUAAUUUCAGAAUUGACAUCAGCUCAUACUUCUUCAGCUGUAGGAUCCAAGGCUACAGGCAUCAAUUGGUCUAUGAAUUUCUUGGUAGGGCAGUGCUUUCCUCUUGUUUUCAAAAGAAUGGAGGGUUAUGCGUUUAUUGUCUUUGGCGUGAUAGGUGUGCUCAUUGUUUUGUUUACUUUUUUUCAUAUGCCAGAAACUCGAAAGAGAUUCCUUGAAGACAUUGUGAAUCAGUUCAAAGCUUCGCUUUAA